GGAGCCAUGAGCCCAUUCUAAACUAACCCAAGUGAGACGAAAACCGACACAAAUUUAGAGAUUUUCGAGUUAUAAUUAUCAUUUAAUAUUUUAACUUAACAGUUCUAUUAGUGGUUAAAAUAAUUACCAAACUUGUGAAGCAUUAAGAUGAACAAUAACGUUACCACAUCCGCUGGGACCCCAAAUUUUACGUCGGCUGAACGCCGAGCUGCCGUGGACGAAGCGGGGAAAGCGUCUGAUGAUUUUUACCGUCUAUUUUAUAAGACUUUGGAAAUGAGACCUCAUAGAGUAGCACAGCUUUACUUGGACAGUGCAGUAUUGAUAUGGGAUGGAAAUCCGUAUGUAACUUCUGACGCGAUUAAGAAAUUUUAUGAGAAUCUACCCUCACUCACCUUUAGUGUAGCUACAGUGGAUGCUCAACCCCUACCAAGGGAAGCUGUCGGUGACCAAAAGACGUUCAUGAUAACGACUGGUGGCAGCUAUCGCGUGAGUGGGGUUGGCAACCGCAACUUUUCACAGACCUUCGUUAUCACAGCACAUACGGAUAAGUGGAAAAUCGCUUCGGAUGUGUUCCGUACUCAAGUUCAUCCUACCCAUGCCAAUGCAUUGUAGUUCUGAACUGCAUAUGCAUUUAUUACUCAAAGUGUUAAUUUUUGUUUUAUAAUUUUGAAUUGUAAGCCAGACUGAUCUAUCUAAUUUUAUAACUGUUAUAAUAAAUAUGAAAUAAAAAUGGCCAGGUGCUAGAAUAAUUUACAA